AUGCAGUCCAUGCACAGGCAGUUCGGAAAGUUGAUGAAGAGGUCGGCGGACGAUAGCCAGGUUUCCGUGCUUCUGAAGGACUUUGACAAUGCGGACAAGCUUUUGACAAAGAUCAUAGAGUCAACCAAAGCCUGGCGCGAUGCUUGGGUGGCGAUUUUGACGUAUCAAGGACGUCUAGUUCAAGAAUUCGAGACCGUUUACGCGCCGAUCGUUGGCUCCUCCGAAGCGACCAAGAAUCCGCCGGUAGAAAUACCAGCGGGAACCCUCGAAAGAGUCAAUCGUUUAAAUGAAGAAUUCGAGUCGCUGCGGACGGACUUGCUGGUUGAUGUGAAUGGUGUAGAAGACCGCAUGAUCCGUCCGCUUCAGCUGGCAAAAGAUCUGCUGAGUCCACUGAAGAAAACCAUUAAGAAGCGAGAAGAUAAAAAGCUGGACUAUGAACACUUUCAAAGCAGAUACGAUAGCUCAUUGAAAAAAACCAAGCGAUCUGACCGUGACAAUGCAAUCCUAGCCAAAGCGGAGGUGGAACUGGCGAAGGCCAAGGAGGAAUACAACUCUGCUGACGAGAACCUGCGACAACACCUGCCACCGCUCAUUGCCGCUGUAUUCUCUCUGUUACCCUACUUUCUCGCAUUUCAAAUUGAGCUUCAAAACUCGUUGCUCGGCCACUACUAUACCGUUCUCCAUACAUAUGCCCAGGAAGAGAAGUUCCAGUCACCGCCACCACCAAUGGAGGAUGUUAUCCAGGUCUGGAAGUCCGACUUUCUACCUAUUCAGCAAGAGAUUGAAAACUUUGCUAUCAUAGCGAACGGCAAAGCCGUCCGUGGUGAACACGAUCGCAGUAACGGAAGCCAAUCGAACGGUAUCAAUCUACGACGCCCGAGCUGGAAUCGUCAGGCAUCCGGUACAUCGCCGGGCCGCAAUCUCGCUCCUCCGACCCCAAAUCUCGGAACGAAGCCAAAAAUUGGCGAAACGUUAGCGACGUCUCCGUCGGCUACCUCGUAUCUCAGUGUAAAGUCCCCGUCGCCGGCAGCCAGUACGUCCGAUUAUGGAUCCGAACAAUACAGUACUCCCAUGACUCCAGGUCAAGCAUCGAGGAGCGACUAUUUCACCCGGGGUAGACAACCAUCAUCAACUUCGACAACACCUGGAUCUGGGUUAAGCGCGAUAGGAAAGAAGAAACCCCCUCCACCACCACCGCCUCGUGCAAAAUCCGCAAACCAGGCAAUUUACGUCACGGCUCUCUACGACUUUGGCGGCCAGGGCGAUGGCGACUUGGUGUUUAGGGAAGGUGAUCGAAUUCGGGUUGUAAAGAAGACCGAUAGUACAGAUGACUGGUGGGAAGGUGAAUUGCAUGGCGUUAAGGGUAGUUUUCCAGCAAACUACUGUCGAUAA